UCAAACUGUUUCAGUGAUCGGGAUAUCUAAUUGGAGAUUGGAUAACAGUAAAAGUAGCAGAGCUUUGUUGGUUCAAAGGCCUAAAUUCGGUCGUAAUGAUCUAGUUGAUACUGCAGUCCGCCUAUUAAGUCCCAGGAUUGAAACAAAUGAAACAAAUGAAAUUCAAACUAACAUAACAAGAGUUUCCCUGGAACCACUUGCCGAUGCAUAUUCGACCUAUGAACAAACUGGUCAAGAAUUCGCAAAUUUCCAUGGCCUACGUGACUAUUAUGCUCUUGUAAAAUCCCUUUCAAAAACUGAACUCACACCAAAAAAUAUCCAAAAAGCUCUGACCCGCAAUUUUGGUGGUACUGAUAAAACUCAAGAGUUAUGUGAAAAAUAUUUUGCACAAGUGCUCAGAAACUUUAACCAACAACGUGAAUGGGAAUAUAUGCCAUUACCAAUAGAAGAUUUAAUAAAUGCAAAUCUUGAUGACAAGGAUGCAAGGCACUUGAUGGUUAUCGGUAAAAGUGAUUCUAUAGUAAAUUGGUUAACAUACAAAUUGAGGAAUAGAAAUUUGGAUCCGGUUGUUAUUAUGGGAUCUCAAUUUCCUGAUGAUCAGGAUGAUUAUGCAUAUAGUGUAUUAAGUAGGAUCAUGAUGUGCGUUGAAACGGGAAGACCGUUGAUUCUUACUGAUUUAGAAAUUAUUUAUGGAAGUCUUUAUGAUUUAUGGAAUCAGAAUUAUAUCGUUGCAGGUAGUGCAGACAAUCCAAAAUAUUAUACUAGAGUGGCUCUUGGUGCUUAUGCAAAUCCUAUGCUUUACGUUCACGAGGCAUUUCGAUGUAUUCUUGUUCUCGAUGAAACAAAAUUAAAGACAGCCGAUCCUCCACUUUUAAAUCGUUUCGAAAAACAAAAGAUGACAAUUAAAGAUACUUUGACCACAACUGAAUAUCAAAUAGUUGAGCAAUUACUAACAUGGGUAGAACAAAUGUCAAAGAUUUUUGGAACACAAGACAAUCAAUCAAAACUAAAUGAAGAUUUUAAACAAAAAGAUUUAUUUAUUGGAUUCGAUCCUGAUGAAACUGUUCAAAGUCUGGUCAUUGAUACCAAGAAAAAUUAUCCAAAUAGUGAUGACCAAGAUAUCUUGAUGAAAUGUAAAGAAAAGCUGGUGGCUAUUGCUUCAAGUGAUGGUAUUAUCAGAGCUGAAAAAUCAGAGUUAGAUGAUGAAGAGAAAAGUUAUUGGAAAAAAAUCUAUUUCGAACAUCAAAAUCAUGAUAGCAUUGUUGAUUAUAUUAAAGCUGCGUUGAACAAAUCUAAUAGUUCACGUGGAAUUCAAAUUAUCAUUAACACUUUUUCCAACAUAAAUACUGACGUUAAAGCAUGUUUAGAUGGAAUUGUCAAUUGUCAAGUUGAUAAAUUAUCGACCUUUAAAACCGAAUCUCAGCUUCAAAAUAGAAUAAAAGAUUUCUGGUUAGAAUCCACUGAUGAAAUGCUUAUCCUUCAAUGCGACGUCACAGUUGUAAAUGCUGGAUGUAUCAAAUUAGCAAAAUUCUUGAUUGAACAACUUAAAAAUGAAUAUUUGAUGAAACAAGAGAAAAGACCUGAACUUACUUGGAAGACUAAGCAUGCAUGUAUCAUUAUGCAUAUUCAUAGGGAACAAGAAAAUUCUUCCGCAUCAUUCAAUUUUAUGUGCGGAUGGGAUCAAGUCACAAUUGAAACUCUUGCGGAACAAGAAAAAUCACUUUCUGAGCUUAUGGAUAAAAGUAUUGAAGACGUCAUAAAUACGACUUAUUUGUUUGAAAGUAUUUUAAAUCAAGAAUUGCUAUGGUGCUUAUUGUGCAUGAAAUAUCCUUCAAGUAUGAGAUCUAUUGAACAUAUAAAAAUUUUGAGUGCAAAUAUACAUAAGCAUCCAAAAUUGUUGGAAUGUAUGAAAACAUACACGCGGUCAUGGUUACAAGCAAAAGCCUCAGCAAAUUGGCAAUAUAAUGUGGCAUCUAACAAGAAACUAUUAUAUAUUUAUCCAUCUUUAUCUGUGGCAUUAAUAACACAUAUCAGAGGACUUGUCAGGACACCAAUCGCAAAGAUUCUUUGCGCUCUUGAACAACACGCUGCAACCAGAACAUUUUUUGCGAUUGAUAACCCAGACAUUGAUGUUGUAGACGAUGAUAAUUUUCUUCUUGAUUUUUGGUUCAGCAUGUUCAAUAACAAAAACAUCAUAGAUCUCGAAAAAGUUCCAGAACCAUCACCAGAUUUUUAUAGUAUGCCACCAGGAAUUUACGAUUUGAAAUUCCCAUUUUCAUAUUAUUUUAUGAAACAGAUUGACAAUUUUAAACCACUCUAUCAUGAAGAAAUUAGUAUAUUAACGCAAAAUCCUCAAAAUGUUGAUCUCACAACUGGUGAACUUGAUGAGGAUGCACAUGAAGAUUAUCUUAAAGAAUUAACUAAAAAAAUCCGCUCAAUCAAUCCGCUAUUAGAGACAGCACCUAUAACUAGAGUACCAGAAUUGUAUUUCAAAGAUUUUGUUUCAGUUAUUGCCUAUAGUGAGCCUGGUAAUGAAGAUCCUGAACAACUAGAAUUAAUCUUUAAACGAAGGCUUGGAGAAAUAAAAGUGUUGGAUCCUGUUGCAUUGCAUGCAUAUUGGUGGUUACAUGGAACCUCUGUCAUAGCAGAAUCACAAAUUAUUAAAAUAUGUCCACAACUAAACUAUAUUACAGAUAGUGAUAUUAGUGAUAUAUCAGAAAUUAUCAAAAAUGCUGUGGCAAUAAUGUUGGAUAGAAUUAAAAGUGGAGAAGAAACCGAAAGAUGGAAACACGAUGCCAAUAAAAUUAUUAUGCUUGGUAAAAAGAUAUCUGCUGAUUCAACAUCUCUCCAGGCAUUAAUAUUUUAUAAUGAUUUGCUUAGCAUCGGAUCGAUUCGAAAGAAAGACAUUUUACAAAUUAUUUCUCUUGGAAAAAGUUCAAACCAAAUAAUCACCAUUGAAAUGUUAAAUGCAGUUUUUGAAAUUUUAAACAAUAUUCCUAAUACAGAAAGAAAUAUAUCUAAACGAACCAUAAUAUUAAGUUUUCUUGAUAUAAUUCCAGUAGAAUCUGAUGUGAGAAUUCAACUUUAUAAACAGUUGUUUUCUGGUAAACCAUUGCCAUUAAUGAGCAUAAUCAUCAAAAGAAUCUUUGAAAUCGAGGAGAAGCAUUACAAAGAGGUGUUUUUCAAACUUAUUCAAAAUCAAACAAAUAUUUUACAAAUAUCUCAGAGAUUAUAUGUGAUAGAUAAAUCUAUAAAUGAUCUCACUUCUGACAUGGCAACUUUAUGCGGUGACAUUAUCCAACAUGAAUAUUUUCAUAAAACAAAUUUAUCUACAUUAGCUCCAUACCUUCAAUCAGCUUUAGAAGUAAUAUGCAAUGAAGUUCAAUCAUUAAAACAAAUUGCAGCAAUAGCGUUUUUAAAAGAAUUUGUUGGGAUGUUUUGGGAUAUAGUUUUUCAAGAUAAAGAUCGAUCUAUUAAUUAUCAUCUCAUGAGAAUUGAACAACAUGAACUUUUAAACGAUAUUGUUUGUUUCAUGGACAUGCCACAACCAUUGAUUCAUUCACUAAAAAUAUACUUUCUUCGAGAUUUAAGACAACGUGGCCUAUCAUUUGAUGAUUUAAAAAGAUUUUGUAAAGCGAGAUCUAACGAAUUAUCCUGGUAUAAUCAUUUCUCAUGGGAAACAAAUGAUUCAUCUCGGUUACC